CUCCUCACACUCACUCACACGCUGCAGUCAUUCAGAGGCACAGCGUGGAGGCUGCACACACACACACACACCAACACUUUAGAGCGACAUGGCAAGACUACCUCAGCGCUGUGUGAUGAUAUCAGUGUGUUUGGCAGGGACUCUCCUAUUGCUGCCGCUCUGCUGGGGUGUUGAGGAGGACGAAUAUAAUUUUGACUAUGAUUCCACUCAUACCCCGGAGUACGACUACAAUUCAACGUUCGGGUUCCUGUUCUUCAGCAAUGCCAGCACUGAUGAUCUAGAGAAGUUUUUAAUGGGAGCAGGGACAGACGCUGGAGAAGAAACAAGCUUUACAGAAACAGAUGGAAGUGUGCAUGAAAAAAAGCCCACUGCGCCCACAUUCACUUUCGGGAAUCAGGCAUCUCGGUCAACGCCUGUAUGUUUCCUUCUUACUUCAGUUGUGCUGGUUCAUCAGCUGCUCAGACUACUAUAGCACCAGGACCCUGUUACACACACUGAACAGAAGUCCAGGAGGAGGAAGAGCAGAUGGACAGAUGACCUGAACUGAAGACAUUUGGACAUCCAGUACAGACUGACACACACACACACACACACACACACACACACACACACACACACACACACACACACACACACACACACACACACACACACACACACACACACACACACACACAGCAAUGGCUAAAGGACAAACCAUGACAACACACGGCUUGCGAGCUGUAAACAAAAAGACACAUUGUUCGUUAUUCUUUGUCACCGCAAAACAAGUGCACAGAGGUCAGAGGUCGCAAAGGCUGGAUCAAUGGAAUGUAAAAUGAAUGUGAAAUGGGGCUAAACUAAAUAACAGGUUCUUUUGUGGAUAUUCUUUCAGGAUGUGACUCAGAGCAGGUGAUUUGAGGAGCCUGAAUAACAAAGAAAUUGAGAAAAACAAGAUUUUUCUCUUCCCACUGUCCGCUGUUUUUUUGCAGUUUUAAUACACUUGUCUCUUUUAUGAGACUUUGUCAGUGUAAACGCAUCUAUAAUGUGCAUAUCCUUUGAUUGCAUGGCGAGAAUAAACGUGUCAGAAAUGUAAGUUGAGAAACAAGCAAAUCAGUGGUACAUAAUGUACGAUUUUAUUAUGCCAGUUUCAUCCAUGAGAAAGUUAUAUAUCACUGACCGGGAAUCAUGUUAUGUUUGGGGAAACAGUAGAAACACUGGAUUUCUACAAUUAGAUCAAGCUUUUCUAGUCAUUCAAAGGUCAUGACCUCUUGCAGAUAUUACAUGUAGGCACUUUUCUUCGCCACUGCACUUCUUCUAAGCCUCACUAUUUCCUCAGUAAUCCUUAGAUACAAGCACAUUUUUAUUUUGUAAUGUUUUUUUUUACAAAUAGAGAUGGUGAUUUACACCCAAAUGCACAUGAAUAUGUGAGCUAGUUGAGCAUUUUUUAUGUGUUGUUUCAAAUUCUGAAUAAAUAUUUUUUCAAGUAA